UGAAGUCAUUAAAUGAAUACACUCUUCACUCGGUAAACAAUCGGUACAUGCAUUAAAUGAACUGACUCAAAAGAUUGAAACGUUGGAAUCGAUUACUUUCUGAUUCUCGAUUGUGUUCAGUAUAACUACGCAACACUAGUGUCCUCGCCCCGCUCGCUGACAGCAACUGUCAAAUUGAAAUUAACGGUCGGCUGUUUGCAUUGUUUAUUUCAUUAUUUUUAUUACAAAAUCGUAUCUUACGCUGUGUCCAAGUGUAAUAUUUGUAAUUAAAGUGUAAAUUAAAAGGGUUUUCAUCAAACAAAAAACGUUUUUUGCAGAAAUAACCAUACCAAGAUGCCUUGUGACCGCAAUGUGGAGACACAGCAAGCCAUAUCGAGGGAAAUAAAAAACAUCCAAAGUCGUUGUGUAGAGGCGAUAAACAUUGUUGAAAAUGCUCCUCCUGAGAUGAGCAUAGCACCUGAAAAUGUUACCGGAAAAUCGCUUUGUUACGUUGAAGGACUACGAACAGAGCUUCAAAACUCCAAUACAGUCAUAUCAACGGAUGACAAUCUUCUUACGGCCCAGUUUUUGUGUGAUAUCAAAGAGAAAACCAAUCAAAUGCAAGAGGUAGCUGCGUUUUUGAAGGGAGCUAUUUAUGAUGUGGAUGCUGAGAUAAACAGAUUGAACGAACAGAUCCGUAUAUCUCAGGAGGCGCGAGCUCGUCCUUUACCACAAAAGCAGUGUGUGCAACCGCAACAUAUGCAGAAAGCCAAAGAACGCUUCCAGUUAUUCAAGAGUGAACUACAUAGCCUCAUACAUUUUUUGUUCCCCGAUAAAGCAGUCCCCAUGAAGGAACUUAUGGCACAUUUGAUGGCACAGCAACUAAAGGACGAGUCGUCAGGGUACAUCCCCAUCACAACAGAAAACUAUUGUCUAAUAGAAUUACUGAGGGAAAGGAAUAUAGUGACUGUCAAUCCAUAUAAUAAUAUGGAGGUCAAAUUGGCUUUGUGAUGUUAAAUUCUCUAUGGAAUAAUGCUAUGUAUAGAACGGGAACUCUCCGCCACUAGAUUUACCUCACCCCCUCUGGGUCUUCCUACUUCAGUCCAAGUGGCCUUAAGCCGCUAAGAAGUAAGCAGGAGCACACACUGACUGUCUGUCUCGCUCGCAUUUACGCUUGAAGAGAUUUUUGUAUAGAGUACCUGAGGUGUGCCUGUACCUACUUUAAAUGUUAAUAAUUGUUAAACUAUGGACCAAGUUAUUAUUAGUAAUAGAAAAUGUUUUUAUUGAGAUGCUGAUGUGUUUUAAUGAUUAAUAAAAGUAUUUUUAGAUAUAUAACAA